AUGGAAAUUGAUGGCAUCCAGGACCAUAGAGGAGUCAAGCGCACCGCCGCUGACGCUGGAUUCCCAGGUCCAGGCCCGAGAAAGAUCCAGGCUUUGGACCCGGAUGUUGUUAACAAAAUUGCUGCGGGAGAGAUCAUCGUUGCUCCCAUGCAUGCAUUGAAAGAGUUGAUCGAGAAUUCUGUGGAUGCUGGUGCUAGAGCAGUGGAAAUCCUGGUCAAGGAUGGGGGUCUUAAGCUCCUUCAAAUCACCGAUAAUGGCCACGGAAUCGAUAGUGAGGAUCUACCGAUACUGUGCGAAAGAUUUACUACGUCCAAGCUCAAGGCCUUUGAGGACUUGUCCAGCAUAGCCACUUACGGUUUUCGGGGUGAGGCCUUGGCAAGUAUCAGUCAUAUAGCCCAUCUCACCGUGACCACCAAGACAGCUGGCUCUAGCUGCGCAUGGAGAGCACAUUAUCGAGACGGUAAACUUGUGCCUGCGAAACCCGGGCAAAGUGCAGAGCCUAAACCCACAGCCGGGCGCGGCGGCACCCAGAUAACGGUCGAGGACCUGUUCUACAAUGUUCCAACCCGACGCCGUGCUUUCAGGUCCGCAAGUGAAGAAUAUGCGAAAAUCCUUGACAUCGUUGGACGCUACGCUGUCCACUGCAAUGGAGUUUCAUUUUCCUGCAAAAAACAUGGAGACUCAGGGGUUAGCGUAUCAACUCCAGUGAACUCAAGCACGAUUGACCGCAUAAGGCAAAUUCAUGGAAGUGCCGUGGCCAACGAGCUUAUUCCUUUUGAUGUAGAGGACUCGGCACUGGGUUUCCGUGCGUCAGGCUUCGCAAGCAAUGCAAAUUACCAUGCUAAACGCACGGUUAUUUUGUUGUUUAUCAAUCAUCGGUCCGUGGAAUCAUCUGGAAUACGGAAAGCCAUGGAGCAAACGUAUUCCGCUUUCCUGCCGAAAGGCGGGCACCCCUUUGCGUACCUAAAUAUCGAAAUCGAGCCGCACAGAGUGGACGUCAACGUUCACCCCACAAAGCGAGAAGUUAACUUCCUAAACGAAGACGAAAUAAUUGAGCUGAUCUGCAAUGCGGUCAGGACGAAAUUGGCGAAUGUCGACUCCAGUCGCACUUUCAUGACUCAAACAUUACUUCCCGGCAUACAUCGGUCGGGCACUCCACCCGCCGAUACCUCUUCACCGAGAGCUACGAUAGAGGGAAAGGUACCACUCCGAACAGUAGCUGGGUCUAAAAGGCCCUACGAGAACAAUCUCGUCAGAACAGACGUAAAGAUGAGAAAAAUUACGUCCAUGUUCCCAGUCGGAACCCCGGAACAAGGUGCAAACCAAGAAGGGGGUUCUCAGUCGCAACAUACCCAUAGUUACGAAGCCAGCGGCCGUGAAUCGGUUAACAUUCGCCUCACGUCGGUAAAGAACCUGCGGGCUGCGGUACGAUCGACGAUGCAUAAUAGUUUGACAGACAUCUUCUCUUCGCUGACUUAUGUGGGGUUGGUGGAUGAAAGACGCCGGAUCGCAGCGAUCCAGUCUGGGGUCAAGCUCUAUCUUGUAGACUAUGGAAUGGUCUGCAAUGAAUUCUUCUAUCAGAUUGGAUUAACUGAUUUCGGGAAUUUUGGGGUGAUCAAUCUCGAAUCAUCGCCACGUUUAGUAGACCUGCUCUCGCUUGCUGCCGCCGUCGAACGUGAUGAGCACCACCGCCGCAUCAAAGCAGGCGAGGGAGGAGAGUCCAAUCCAUCCAACGCUGUGAACAACGGGGACCCUAGCAAUAUUGACUUCAGUCGAGUUCCAGAGAUAAUCGCUGCCCAUCUCAUUGAGAAGAGAGAAAUGCUCAACGAGUAUUUCUCCCUCUCCAUUUCGGAAGAUGGUAGCCUGCUAUCCAUUCCCUUACUGCUAAAGAAUUAUAUGCCUUCCCUAGCAAAGCUUCCACGAUUCCUUCUCCGUCUCGGACCAUACGUUGAUUGGACAAACGAAGAGGCCUGUUUCCGGACAUUUCUAAGAGAGCUGGCCGCAUUCUAUACUCCAGAACAAUUACCCACCAUCCCAGCCACCCCCACACCCCCCAUCGCCAGCCUCGGCGCCGACGGUUCUAACACGCAGGGAGAGCGGCCAACACAGGAAAGCUUGAACGCCCAGCACCAGUCGGAAACUCAACCUAGUUCUACACCACCGCAAAAAGAGGACCCGUCUAUCACCCGCCGACGAACCCAGUUGGCAUGGAUGCUGGAGCAUAUCCUCUUUCCGGCGAUCAGAUCUCGGCUAGUGGCGACAGAUGAUCUGGUAAGAGGGGUUGUGGAGGUUGCUGAUCUCAAGGGCUUAUACAGGGUUUUCGAAAGAUGCUGA